GCAGCUGGGAGGUGAGCUGGGCUGGCGGGGGCAGCGGCUGGGCCUGGGGCUGGGACUUUUACAGAGGUCUGGCCUUUCUGCCACUUCAGGGCCUAGUCACCCCACCCCCGAAAAAGAGGGGACGCAGGGGCCUUGCUGGUGGCAUCUGGGGUCGGGGGCAGCAUGGCCCAGGCCCUGGGGGAGGACCUGGUGCAGCCUUCUGAGCUGCAGGACGACUCCAGCUCUUUGGGGUCUGACUCGGAGGUGAGUGGGCCCGGCCCAUAUCGCCAGGCUGACCGCUAUGGCUUCAUCGGGAGCAGCUCAGCAGAGCCAUGCCCAGGUCACGCCUCUGCAGACCUUAUCCGCCAGCGGGAAAUGAAGUGGGUGGAAAUGACCUUGCACUGGGAGAAGACCAUGUCCCGGCGGUACAAGAAGGUGAAGAUGCAGUGCCGGAAAGGCAUCCCCUCAGCCUUGCGGGCCCGCUGCUGGCCCCUGCUGUGCGGGGCCCACGUGUGUCAGGAGAACAGCCCCAGAACCUAUCAGGAGCUGGCCUCAGCCCCUGGAGACCCCCAGUGGAUGGAGACCAUCGGCAGGGACCUGCACCGCCAGUUCCCCCUGCACGAGAUGUUUGUGUCACCCCAGGGUCACGGGCAGCAGGGGCUCCUGCAGGUACUCAAGGCCUACACCCUGUAUCGGCCGGAACAGGGCUACUGCCAGGCCCAGGGCCCCGUGGCUGCUGUGCUGCUCAUGCACCUGCCUCCGGAGGAGGCCUUCUGGUGCCUGGUGCAGAUCUGUGAGGCCUACCUUCCCGGCUACUACGGGCCUCACAUGGAGGCAGUGCAGCUGGAUGCCCAGGUGUUCGCGGCCCUGCUGCGGAGGCUCCUCCCGAGGGUGCACAAACACCUGCAGCAGGUGGGCGUCGGGCCCCUGCUCUACCUGCCCGAGUGGUUCCUGUGCCUCUUCGCCCGCUCCCUGCCCUUCCCCACGGUGCUGCGCAUCUGGGACGCCUUCCUUAGCGAGGGUGCAAAGGUGCUGUUCCGUGUGGGGCUGACACUGGUGCGCUUGGCGCUGGGUACCGCCGAGCAGCGCCUGGCCUGCCCGGGGAUCCUGGAGACGCUUGGUGCCCUUCGAACCAUCCCCCCGACCCAGCUACAGGAGGAGGUCUUCAUGUCCCAGCCUCUCCCACAGGUGCACAGCGUGGCCCUGUCCGAACAUGACCUGCAGCGUGAGAUCCGGGCCCAGCUGGGCCAGCUGCCCAAGUCGGCUCCUGGGCCCCCUCCUCGGCCACAGGCCCGCCUCGCGGGGGCCCCAGCCAUCUUCGAGGCCCAGCAGCUGGCAGGGGCACAGGGAGGCGCCAGGCCCGGCCCUGAGGUGCCCCGCAUCGUGGUGCAGCCCCCAGAGGAGCCCAGGACGCCUCGGCGCAAGCCCCAGACCCGAGGCAAGACGUUUCACGGACUCCUGACUCGGGCCUGGGGCCCACCCCUCGAGGGUCCCUCCAGGGCUCAUCGGGGCUCCACCUCCUUCCUGGACACCCGAUUCUGAGGGCUCCAUGAACUCUGUGCCUAGCUGGAGGGCCUGAACGGCUGGUCCCAAAGGUGGGCACUGCACUUUACGUGGUGGUCGGCUUUCCCUCAGCUCCCUUCCCAGAGGGUGGAAGCCCCCCAUUUCACGGACAGAUUGAUUCCUGACCCCAUGCCGGGCACAACGGUGAAGGAAGGUGACCAAGUGGGGCCGGCUGGGACCAGCACCAUUUGCCCAGGGAGCUGUGGUGAUGCCUGGGUUCCUGCAUGUGUGGAAGGUGGGGUGAGGGCAGCUGGUUGGGCUCCCAGGAGGCCUGGAAUAAAGUCUGACUG